UGGGCAAUGUAUCUACUUUACCGACCUGUCUCUUUCUUUUUCCACACUGUCAAUCGCCGCGUUAUAAAUCAUGGGCAAGCCUCGUGGAAUCCGUACAGCUAGAAAGCACAAGGAUCACAGACGUGACCAACGUUGGGCCGAUAAAGAUUACAAGAAGGCCCAUUUGGGAACCCGCUGGAAGUCUAAUCCCUUCGGAGGUGCCUCACAUGCCAAGGGAAUCGUCUUGGAAAAGGUUGGCGUCGAAGCCAAACAACCUAACUCUGCCAUCAGAAAGUGCGUCAGAGUACAGCUCAUCAAGAACGGAAAGAAAAUCACCGCUUUCGUUCCCCGUGACGGUUGCUUGAACUACAUUGAAGAAAACGACGAAGUACUUGUUGCUGGUUUCGGUCGUAAGGGUCAUGCCGUCGGUGAUAUUCCUGGUGUUAGAUUUAAGGUCGUCAAAGUAGCAAACGUCUCACUUCUUGCUCUGUACAAGGAAAAGAAGGAACGACCAAGAUCGUAAGCCGUAAAAUGUAAAAGAAAUUGUACUUUUUGUACAUCAAACAUACCAACAUCCAUGCAAGAGAGAAAAUAAAAUUGAUUUUACAUUUCACAAAAAACA